GCACGGUAUGUCACGCGGCACGAAUGAACGUUCGCUGCUUACAAAACUGAGUCUCAAAGUCCAUGCCCGUGGCGGCGCGGACACCGCCGGGACCACGUCGAAUACCGCUUUUGACCAAACGGGAAGGUACUAUUCUCGACAACCAGCCGAGGAGAGAAUUGAAAAUAUCUUUACCCACGAGGACCACGCAAUGGAGGCGACGACGAGAGAAAGAGCUACAGGAGACAUCAACUUCAACGCAGUAGAGCGCCGGGAAAGGACUACCGAAGCUGGCCCCAGCGCAUCUUCUUCCCUGGCAUUUCUUCACAGCUUGGCGCGGCAAGAACUGCAGCCUCCGGACUCUGGGCGUGGAAGCAGCUCCCGGUUUGACAAUUCGGAAGAUGAUUCCGAUAACGCUGCUUCCGCCGUGGCGCAAAUUGGAGGUUGCGCGGGAGCAAGUUCUUGCGUUGCUGCUGUCAAGACAGCAGGACAAAUUUUUGGUGAUCAAGAACACCCGAGCCGUCCGUCUGUGGAGCGAGUCGUCGACCAUAUUAGUGUAGGAGCUGGCGAAAUGCCUAAGCCGCAGUCCGAUGUUGAAGAUGAUUUAUUUAGUCGAGAAUCGAGCUUUGUCGAACACCGUGGCGGGGCAGCGAGACACGACCACCAGCAUGGAGUCACG